AUGGCGACGGUGCAGCCCCUGGCCAUGGAGCUCGUCAAAGACGUGUUGGGUGCGAUGCCGGAGGAUCCGGAGUCGUUCAUGAUGCAAUGGCUUCGCCAACGCUGCGAGUCGUGUGAGCGACAACCUCUCAACAUCUCCCUCCGACAGCGCAACCGAGCCCUGAAGGAGGAGCUCUCCGCCCUGCAGAGUGAAGUGGGCAUUGGCGACACAAAGGUGCCGGUGCGGGAGCCGGAGGCCUCGCGGGCAGUGAGCUCGCAGGCAGAGCUGGUCUCCGAAGUGGGCACGAUGCGUGCCGAGACGGCGGCAGAUCUGACGACAUCGCUGGAGGUGCGACUUUUGGGGCAACUUGAGCAGAAGGUGGAGCGCUGGGGCGAGCGUUUGGAGGCACGGAUGCUGGAAGUUCUGAACACCAAAGUUGAGGAAGUGGCAGCAAGCAUUCGCACCGCCAUGGGAGCCGUCAAGGACCCAAACACGGGCUCCCAGCCUGAGGACACAGGCGCCAAGCCGGAGCAUACAACAGAGCUGCACCUCCGUAAGAAGUUCGGCCUCGGAGACUCCAAGUACGACAAGAACAUCGAUCUCCUGAGACGAGAAGUCGUUGCAAAAGCCAAGUAUGUGAAAGCGCUGGAGAUCUCCGGAGGAGAAGAAAAGCUGAGAAGCUUUCAGGUAAAUUUUCAGCCGUUCUUUCCAACCCUGGAUGAGCUCUUUGAGUUUGCGCACAAGCAUCAGCACCACUUCUUCGACCUUGUGGACAGGGUCGGGACCGCCACUCAUGGUACCUGUGCAAAGCCUCCGCUGAAAGGCAAAGAACGCUGCGAGUCAAAGGCAAGGUUUAAGUACAUGGACGCGGCGGGCAACAUCGAAUGGCACAGGCUUACUGACAUCGUUCGAGACACGCUCAGCUACGAGAACUUGGAAGAUAUGUACCGUGGACUGAAGCUGAUCGAUGAGGACAAAAAUGUUGAAAUCGUUGAAUUCAACGAUCGGUAUCAAGCUCCAUUGGAUGGCGGAUACCGUGACCUCCAGCUCACGCUUCGAGUGCAAGGUGAGUUGGUCUGCGAGCUGCAGCUUACAACAAAGUACAUGCUCUUCAUAAAGGCCACUGCACCCAGACUGCUGUUGCCAAAUUGGCGGGGGUAA